AAUUAGUUAUACAUUGAUUAUUGUUGGUAUUUUUUACUAUACGAAUGAUUUUUGUUGGAGACGAAUAGAAUUCCUAGGACACAAAAUCAAAUCUCGAGCAUCUCAAGAGUUUACAAAAUAAAAUAGAGUGGUGCGAUCAGCAGUGUUACUUGUAGAAAUAUUACCAGUGGACAGUUGUAAAAAAGUACGCAAAUGUAUCAUAAUUGCUAGCGUCAGUGUAAUACAGAUAUAAUAUUGUUGUUUUUUGGCGGCAAGAUGUAAUCUGGAAUCCAUCAUACAAGACAUUAGGAUGAUCAAUUUAAUAUUUUACUCGAUAAAGAAUGCAUGUUAAAACAGAAAUAUUGCAUUCAGUAUUUUAAGUAUACUUUUGAAAAAUCAAUUAUUUUGCCCGGAUUAGUUCAUAGCCUCCAUAGGAUUGUUUUCUAGGAUAAUUCAUAUUGACAUAUUAUGUACAUUUGAUGAAUGUAUCAAAUCAAACUUAGUUUUACAUCUAUCAAUGUCUACGACAUUAUCGCUCAAAGGAUAACGAAGAACAAUAAUCAAAUUAACUUUAUUAAAACGUGGACAGUCCCUGCUGGCUGCAAAAUACAACAACAACACAUCAUUUUUCAAUACCUUGAAAUAAAAAGAUUAUAAUUGUUUAAUAUAUGUAGUCAUAACUAAGCUUUUGUGUAUUUCUUAAAUGUGAAUGAAGAAAAAAGUAAAUAAUCAAUGUUAACACAAACAUGGGAAUUUUGUGACUUAUUUGAACUAUCAAUAAAUGGAUGCUUCGGAAUAAUCAAGGGUAAUAACAACACAAUAAGAUACUUAUGAAUUCUUGUAACAAACAUGUGUCAAGACUUACUUCAUCUUUACAACUGUGAUUGGAAUAUUUAACAAUUGCAUUAGUAUUCAUUAAUAGUACAGAUCAGCAAGUGUUCGGAAGUACAACUUAGUCAAUCCGCAAUUCAAAAAGCGGAAAAAAGUUCGAAUAAAUAUCUUUUGCCGUUUUGCUGCUAUUUGAUUAAGAUCUACAUACUGCAAUAGAACAAUAAAAUAAGGAAAAUCAAUCAGAGAGAUAACUGUACAUUAAAUCGGAUUUCCCAAUACACAGAUAAACAUCACUGUAAUGCUCGUGACAUCUACUAUGUCAUCAGUGCAAAAUAUAUCUCAUAUCUUUAUUGAUAAUCUGCAGGUGACGGAAUCUAAAAGAUCGUCUAUAGAAAUACUUUGGCGAGCAACUGUCCAAAGUCCACUUAAUCUUCUUGGGUAUCGAGUACAUUAUCAGAAGAUUGCCAGUUCAUAUAUUCAGUACGGACCUCGUUUGCCACCAACAGACCAUUCAUAUAAUGUGAACAACCUUGUACCAGAUACUUAUUACAAGAUUUGUCUGUCAAUGUUGAGAAAUGACAGUUCCCCUUACCAGAAAUGUGUAACAGCAUCAACACAAAGCUGGGACCUUCCGGUUUCAGUAGGAAGCAGUAUAGGGGCUGUUCUUGCACUAGCUAUGAUAGUGUUGUUGAUUCUAAUGGUUCGAUGUAAAUCUGUUCUCCGAUGUAAAAGGAAACAACAUAAAAGUAAUUACGACACGGUAUCUCCACAUUGUAAUGAUAUAUCCCCACAUUGUAAUGAAAAUGUGUUUAAUUUUAGUGAAACACACGUCGACGACGAUGCCGAACAACAAACCGACAUUCAAGUAAACGACCAGAAGCCUCACACAAUACAUGACCAAGGUGGUACAGCUUCUGGUGCCAUUCCAAAAGUACUACCAACAGACCAUGGUUAUUCAAAGCAUAAUCUCAAAUGUAACUGUGGAAUACAGGACAAAUAUGAAUCAAAUCCGAAUGGCUUUGUACAACAGAGAGACAUUAUUCCUAAAACAUAUACAAAUAGCUAUCAUGAUCACUACCAUGAUAAUGCGAUAAUUCUUCACGUGCAUGGUAAUUCAGGUUCGGAUAAUGAGACUCCAUCAUCACAUUUUAGUUCUGGAACUAAAUAUAAUGACCAAGUUAUAACGCAUAGUACAAUAGAAUCAAACGACUUAGAAGAUACUUUUUCUGAUCAAGAAGACAUUUUUCUAACAUUUCCAAAUGCAGAUUCUAGUUCUACCUCCACAGCAGAAGACUUGGAAAUGACAGACAUAUCUCAUGAAGUACCUAGUGAAAAACAUUUUCAGACUUCGCUUGACGCUGGUAAUGUUUGUAAAUAAGGUUGUAAUAAUCUCUUUUAGGUAAACGUUGUCUCAAUUUUGUAUUAGAAUAGAUAACUUUACAACGUUUCAUGCGUUUUUCAUUUGAACAAAAGCGAAAAUUAGAAGACCAGGAAAGUAACCAUUAAAAUAUCGAUUUC